AUGGAUGAAUACGACCCCAACAUUGUAGCCAGACUGGUGGCACUGAAUGAGAGGACACGGAAAGCCUGGGCCCACCCACACAACAAACACUUCUAUGUGCCGGCUUCAUUUCGAGGCUUCCCAGUACAUGGAGAAACAAGCCGCGAGUCCACACCAGUCGAGGAGGACAGUGACAGCGACAGUCAUGUCAAAGAAAGCGAGCCUGAACUUAGGAUAACCUUUGACAGUCGCCCAAAGAAUGUCAGCAAAGGUUGGACCUUUGGCAGCGAUCAAAAUUUGUGCGAUGUGUAUUGUGGUGAACACGACAGAAAAAACGACUACUACAUCGGCAGGCAGACGUUCUUGAUUACGAUAAGCAAGCAAGGCGACGUGAUCUUGAAGCAUAUCAAGAACACAAACCGGACGAAGGUCCAGUACAACUCUCAAAAGGUUGGGGAACGACGGGAGUUUAUCUGGAUCAUGUUACCAGAGUGCCGGAGCAUUGUUAUUACUUCGGCCAACCAGCUCGAGUUUCGGGUCAUAGUGGCGAAGCACGGCGCCAAGACAGAGCUGUCCCGAGGGCUAUUUGCUCGGUUUCUCAAGGACGUCGAGGACUCAAUGCCAUCGCUACCGCUUCUUUUGGUGGACAGUGAGGCAACGACUGCAGACACUAGCCUAGUGUCUACACCAAAGACGCAGCCUUUCUAUUACCGGCGUGAAGCGGGAGAGCUUGGACGUGGAUCCUUUGGAAAAGUUGAUGUUGUCGUGGACGUGAGCACCGGAUUCGAGUACGCAGGCAAGUCGUUCUUCGGGGACUUCGAGCGAAGCGAGCCAGAUAUCCUGGCCAAGCAGAACCACCCGAUCCAGGUUUUUAGCAUCCUGGCACAGUCUCUUCGUGCGCUCGCAAGCUUACAUGCGAGCCCGAAUUGCGUAACCCAUCGGGACAUCAAACCCGAAAACAUCUUAGUGGCAGAUCGUGAACGCACGACAAACCCUGGAGAGCCCGGGCCCUGGAUCAAGAUUGCGGACUUUGGCCUGGCAACAGAAGGCACUAAGUGUGAAGGCUCAGCCGGUACUUGGCUUUACCAGGCCCCUGAGGUAUUCGGUCAAGAAUACGACUCAAAAGUUGACAUAUGGUCUUUGGGCGUCGUCAUCUUGCAACUGCUUCUGGGAGGACGCAUACCCAAGCCCAGCCGAGGUUACUUGCAAGGGCCACAGUGGUGCGAGGACGUUAUCCUUACAACGAGGCAGAAUUUUUCUUUCUCUUUUUUCGCAGAUCAAAAACGCUGCGAGAGGAACAAAAAUACGUUGGAGACCAUGCUGUGGGGAUUCAUCACGAACUUCAUGCUCAAGUAUGAUCCGAAAAAGAGACUGUCAGCGCAGGAGUGUCUCAAUGCUCCCGUUUUUUCACAGAUACAGUCCGGCUUGGGAUUAGCGUUGGAAAGGCAACGAAAAGAUGUAGGUCAGCAACGUAGUGGGGUUUCGGUCGACCUUAAGGUCAACGAAGAGGCAAAACGGAUCCCUACACAUUCGGACAUUGGAAAGGCGUCCGAGUCAGAGAAUGAAUGGUCCUCCUUGUACUCUGGUGGUGAGGCUCAGACUGAGCCAGAGCUUCGCGCCAAUCCGGUCCUUAAAUCAUCACACGCAAGAGCCCCGAUGUACUGCAAUAACACGUCACCGGCAACCUACGACCCGGGUGUGGAGGAGACCGUGGCCUUGAAAGGGCAAGGGUCCAACGGAUCUAAGACUGCAGUGCCACCACACACAUUGAGGCCAGACGAUCCACAGCCGCUUAGCUAUGGACUGGCACUGGGAGACAAGCACGAUAAUCUCCGGAAAACAGUAAGGAAAGGCUAUUGA